AUGAAGAUAAAUAUUUAUCAGAGCGUACAUACUAAGGUUAUAACUGUGUGUGUCCUUAUCGAAGCCCAAAAUCACACGUUUUACCACAGCAGCAACAUGUCAGGCAACAAUUUUGAGAUAACAGAGGAAAGACUCAAAGAGUAUACAGACAAUGGAUUUAUCAUUGUUAAAAAGCUCUUUGAUGAAGAGGAAGUUCGUAAAUUAAAGAAGUGUUUUGAGGAUACUGAAGAAGUUGUGCAGAACAAAAUGAGAGUGGAUGACAGUUUGGGAAGAGAGGUAAAUUUGACAGUUUGGAGUCACCCAGGAAAUGACGUCACAGGAAUGGCAGCUAGAUCCGAGAAAAUUGUCAAUGCUGCAGAAAAGCUGCUUGGAGGAAAAGAGGUGUAUCACUACCAUGGAAAGUUGAUUCAGAAGAAUGCAAAGUCUGGUGGAACUUUCCUUUGGCACCAAGACUACGGAUAUUGGUACAAAAAUGGCUGCCUCUUUCCAGAAAUGCUUACGUAUUUUAUUGCUUUAGACAAAUGUGAUAAAAGCAACGGGUGCUUAAAGGUUUUGAAAGGCUCCCACAAAUGUGGUCGCAUCGAGCAUAGCAUGGUGGCUGGACAAACAGCAGCUGACAUAAACAGAGUGAAAGAGCUUAAAAAGAAACUCGAGCUGGUAUAUGUGGAGCUGGAGCCAGGAGAUGCCCUCAUUUUUAGCUGCAAUCUGCUUCACUGCAGUGGACCAAACGACUCCGACAGGCGGCGCUGGGCGUACCUCAUGUGUUACAACACGCGUCACAAUAACCCGGUCAAAGUGCAUCACCACCCGUGUUAUACCCCGCUAAAUAAGGUUCCUAAUACCGCCAUCAAAGAGUGUGAGAACUACACUGACUUUACGGGAAAGCAAUUUAUGGAUCCGAAAGAAAGUUCUACUUCAAAAGCGAAAUAAAUAAAAAGAACAUGCACAAAAGACGUUGUUUUUAGAAAAGAAUGUGAUCAAGGAAACGUGAAGGACGUGGAUAUUCUGUAUUUAAGUUAAUCGUGUCAUACGCUACCUGUAUGCUUUAUAUAUGCCAAUGAAUUUACUUGUACAUGUAUCGUAAAACUAAGAAAACUUACUUUAAAAAAUUGGAUAAACUGUUUCCCGAAA